GAAAAUUUUGUCGCGUAACUACUUUGAACCUGAUUGUCCAUGAAGAAUGCCCGACUCGAGCCCUGUUGCUGUACAUCGCUGCAGAUUCGUUGACUAUAAUCCGUCGGCGAUCACUGCGUUAGCAUUUCCUCCGCUCCCCCUUCCCUCUACGAGGAAAAUUCCAGCUAGCUCGCGCCAGUCACCCUUUCCAAAAUUUGGGACAUUAGCCGUAGGUCAUGCCAAUGGAAACAUCGACUUUUGCGAAUGGACUGCAUCUAAUAAUGAUAUCCAAGCACACCAAGGAUGGUGUGUGUCUAAAUCGAUCAAUGGCUUAUAUCCUUCUAAAGUGGACGCCCUCGUUUUUACAAUUCGCGACCCUGAUGCCCUGAAACCCGAGGACGUACCUACGAUAUCUGAUCUUCGACUGUUCAGCUCGGGAGGUGGUAGUGAGUUGAUUGAGUGGGACAUAGAAUACUUGUGUUUAAGGAGAACAAUCAACUCACAAGGCGGUACUAUCUGGUGCAUAGCAGCAAAUCCCACAUCCACUAUGCUGGCUCUGGGUUGUGAGGAUGGAACUGUUCGAUUGCUUUCUGUGUCCGACGACACUUUGACACACAUUCGUCGCUUCGACCGCGUGAAGUGUCGUAUAUUGAGCGUGACAUGGGGGCCACCGACACCAAAAGAGCGUCAAGGAACUUCCAACUCCGAUGACGAUGACGAUAGUGUCGACGACUGGUUAGAUUUAUGGUUGGUGGCAGGUUGCUCCGACAGCAGUUUACGGAAGUGGGAUGUUUCUACUGGCCGUCUAUUAGACCGUAUGGGGACGGACAAAGUACGCGGAGAACGUACACUCGUCUGGGCAGUCUCAACAUUAGGAGACGGAACUAUCGUUUCAGGAGACUCUUUAGGCAUAGUCAAAUUUUGGGAUAGUCGAACGAGCACCCAAAUAUACAGUUUCCAGGCCCAUGCUGCAGAUGUACUUUGCCUUGCGGUUGGUUCGGAUGGUAAUGUCGUAUAUUCAGCUGGAGUUGACCAGAAGACAACGCAAUUUUCGCUCGUCAAAAUGGCUUCAAAUCCAAAGAACAAUUCAAUUUUGCGUACGUCUAGUCGAUGGGUGCAAUCGGCAUCUCGUAGGAUGCACUCCCAUGACGUUCGCGCUCUUGCGAUCUGGCCUCCGCAUACCCCUUUAUCGCCUUCUUACAAACGACAUUUCUCAACUGACAUCGCACCUGUCCUCGCUUCGGGCGGAUUGGAUAUGUCCGUGGUAGUUAAACCGGCUGCACUACCUUCAAGUACUAUGUUAGGGAAGGUCACUAAUCCUUUGGCAACGAGUGUCGAUGUUAUUUUCGAAGACUCGUAUCAUCGUCGGUUGCCGUAUCCUCCAGGGCCAUCUUCCAAUUGUAUAGUGCAUGUUGCUCGUCGUGCGCGCCUCGUGUCCUGCAUGCGGGAUGCUAGUCUGAGUAUUUGGAAGAUCCUCAAAACUGCCAGUAUGGAAGGGGAGGUUGACCCUGAUGCGCUCGACUGGGAAAAGUGUCUUGAAAUGGAGUUCGAUGUCAACACAAAUCUAGUGGCGAGUGCUAUUUCUGAGGACGGCCUAUGGCUUGUAGUCUCCGACAUGUACGAGGCGAAACUCUUUGCCUUGAAUAUGGAGGCCGAUGGGUCCAUUAAACCUCGCAGAAUCAAGGAUUUUUCAACGACAAUACAACCUCACCUUCUCUCAAAACCAGCAUCAAGAGGUGGUCUAGCUUUCGCAUUCACACCUGAUUCCACGAAACUUGUCAUGAAUACCGCAAUGACUUCAUGUGUGCUUGUGAUAGAUCUCCGUGGAAGUGACGGGAGACCCUCAGUACUAAGAAGGUUCGACCAUCACCGGGAGUCAAUGGCAGGUUCAGGGCGGGCAGUGAAAGAUAUGAACUCCAUGGACAUCGAGACGGUAGACCCUGCAGAGGACGAGCAAAUUGAGCAGGAGGACGAGGAGGAGCAUGUACAUUCUGUUUCUGCCCACACCAACAUUUUGCGGAUUGCCAUCAGCGCAGAUGGGCAAUGGCUAGCCACUUCGGACGACAAGUGCAAGACCAAUGUCUUCAACUUGGAUUCCUUACAGCAUCAUUGCCUUCUGCCGUCCUUCUCACAUCCUGCACAAUGCCUCGCUUUCGACCCUUCUCGACCGAGUCAUUUGUUGCUCGCUUUUCCUAACAACACCUUCCAGAUAUAUGAUGUCGAAGCACGACAGUUUCCCGUUUGGGCUCACGAACUCACAAGUCAUCUUCCACGACGUUUCACCACCAUCCACGACGCUCUUGUGGGUGUCGCCUUUGCUCCUAUCUCCUCCUCAUCCUCACAUAACUACGUCGUGUUCUGGGGUGCCACCUGGUUAUGCAAAAUCAACCUCGAUGACCCUGGGUCUAUACAGGCGUCUCGGAAACGUCGUCGAGAGAGUGCAAAAGGAGGUUCUCCGCAGAACCCGGAUUCCUCCCAUUGGGAAAAGAGGGUUAAAAUGAUAACACAGUACAGACCUCUUCUGCUCGUAGAUUUCAUCGCUGAAGGGGAGCUGGUCGUUGUAGAGCGCCCACUUGUGGAUGUAUUGGGUACGUUGCCACCAGCGUUUUUCAAACACAAAUACGGUGCAUCGUAAAUGUAAUGUAAUUCUACCUAACGCUACACAUGCAAAUUAUUUGCCUUCAUACGUUUAUCAAGAUUAAAAGAG